CAGUCCCAUUCUCAUAGAUUCGUAGGUCAAAUUGCAGACAUUGGGAAGGUACCCGCUUGAAUAAUAAAACGGAUAACGAUUAGAUCAGUAGUCUGGUGAUUAUCUGUGGUGUUGCCACAAAUGAUUAUACUUGUACGGCAACUUAGAAUGAAUCUGACGUGUUGCGUUCCGUGUCUCGUGCAUGAUCAGCUAUUCUGAACAUUGUAAUCAGUGACUGCUGUGCAUGUUUCAAAUAUUCCCUUCAGAUUACGAUGAAUGUUCAGCGUUGCAUAACCCCUGCUAUAGAUAUUAUCCUAUCCCUGAUUCGGGUCCGCAUUGUCACAACACGUGGGGAUCUUACAGGUGUACUUGUCAACAUGGAUAUAAACGCACUCAAGAUGGAAAUACCUAUACCUGCAACGAUAUUGAUGAAUGUGCACAGUCGGAUAACCAUUGCUAUACAUAUUCUCGCAGGGAUAAUGCGCCGAACUGUGUAAACACAGCUGGAAACUAUUUCUGUAUUUGUGGGCAAGGCUAUGAGAUUAUCCGCAAUGGAACCUUACUUCAAUGCCGGGAUAUUGAUGAAUGCUCUCUUACACCUCACCACUGUGCUGCGUACUCUGCGCAAAGUCCUAGAAGAUGUGUGAACAGUAUGGGGUCCUACUCGUGUAAUUGCGUCGAGGGAUUCGCCUUCCAAGAUACUCCUAAUGGUACUGAAUGUUUACAAGUAGAUGAGUGUAAAUCCGGUACUCACAGCUGUAACAACAAGACCAACGGUGACAACAGGUAUUGUCAGAAUUUGAACGGAUCUUACGACUGCCCAUGCCUGCCUGGUUAUAAUGGUGCCGAUUGUGAUGCAAUGAUUCCAUCCACAAGUUCUCAUCAGCUCGAUAUGGCGGCAACACGUCCACUAUCAAGGGAUUCUGAUCCCAUAUCGAUCGUAGUGCAAUCAACUAUGAUAAAGUCAACAGCUCAACCAGAAGCGUCCUAUACCCUCUACAUCAUAAUAGGAUCUAUUAUAUCAGUCUUACUUUUUGUUACUGCUUUGGCUGUUAUCAUUGCUGUUCGUCGUAGCAAGAAAAACUCCGCACCUCCCGAAACCUCAACGAGUACAGUAUGUGUACGGCGAGACCCAUCCAACACGACCGACCUCACUGAAAAUGAACUCUACAUCCUGCAGUCUAUUCCCGAGAAUGACAACAUUUCACUGACUUUCACGGGGAACUCCAACGACGGACCACUACGCGUGAUACCAAUUACACCUGUACGAGCACUCACUACCAUCAAUCCAGUGUACGAAGAAUCGACUUGUCAUCGGUCUCGGGGUUCAACGAAAACAGUAUCCACUCAGGAAGAUGCCUCUGAUUACAUGGAGAUUCCAUAAUACUAUUGUGUGUUUGAACACACUUGUACAGCGGGCAGCGACACUCGAUCAAUACAUUAUUUACUGCUCUACUCACUCAGGGUAGAGAUUAUCCCACACCACAAUGCCUUCCGGGAACGCAGAUCCUUAUGACAACCAAGACUGUUGGUACAACAACGUGGGGUUUCUGCCCUACUGAGUCAAGUGACGCCUGCGGAUCUAUAAGUCGCACAUCGGAAACCCACAUAUCAGAAAUAUCACCUAAUAACCAUGCGCACACCUAUACUCCAGUUUUUUUUCGAAUGCACCUGAUGCUCGUGAUGUGCCCGUCUAUGAAUACACUACACUAUCCUUUCACUCAACGACUCUUCAGACCAAGUAUCUCCCUUAUGACGAGAUCCAUGGUCAGGACACGCAAUAUCCUGUGGUGGUACCAACACCGGAACCACAGCAGACCUAAGUUUACACCUCCUGUGCUUCUACAAAUCCAUCGCGUGACGCUAACACGAUACGAACCGUAGCUAUAGGUCUGAAUCCAUGUUGAUUAAUUGGUGAAAUCCAUAUGUGUACCUUUUUUUCUUUUUUCUUUUACCUUUUUUUAAGUUUUGGUUAUCUUCUUGGCGGAUAAGCUGCGAAUAAGAUCAUUCUUAUUCAGUUGGAAGAUGUUGUAUUAACUCAUUCCUUCAUUGCUUCUGCACGUCGUGUAGAACUAAGUAAUUUGUGUCAAAAAGGUGAUGACUUCAAUCUCUUUAUUACACCUCAUGCAUAAUAACGUUACGAUGAAUGAAGUCAUCGACCAAUUCCACUUGCCUUGUGAGUCAGCUUUAUAGUUAUUUUCUCCCCUGUUUGACUUCAUGUGCUUUUGUAAACCUUGCGAUAUUGCACAUCCUUUUUUGCAACUCACUGUGUUCAGAGGGUGUUUUAGCCUGUACGCCAAUUUCAUCAUUUUCCAUUGGUAUUCAAAUAUUGUAUGCUGCAUUCACAAUGCUACUGCGCUAACUUCUGUUCAAUAUUUCCACGUACAUUGUAGGUUCACGGCAUAGGUCCUAUCACUUGUCUCUCUGCUAGCCGAUGCAUUAACAUAAAUUAUU